AUGAAUAAAAUAAACAAAAAAGAAAUUAAAAUAAAUAAAAAUAAAAACAAAAACAAACUCGGGUGGGCCGUUUGCCUGGAUGUACACUCCAAGACCCUCACGGCCACCACUGUCGCCCAGUGGCGCUGCAGCAGCAGACAGGACUGGCUCGCCCAGGCAGCAGCAGCAGCAGCAGCAGAAGCAGCAGCAGCAGAAGCAGCAGCAGCAGAAGCAGCAGCGGCACACGCAGCUGCUGCUGCUGCAGACCAGGCAGAGGCUCCAGCGAACGACGAACCGCCGGCUCCUGCUGCUGCUGCUGCUGCUGCAGCUCAAGACGACAAAGGCAGCAACGCUGCAAACAGCAAAUCCGGAAGCAGCAGCCCCAACAGCAGCAGCAGCAGCAGCAGCAAGCGCGUGCUGCACUUGUACGUGAUCCUGCACGGAAUGUCUCCGCCCUCUUUGCUGCAGACAGAAGUUGUUGAAAACUUUGCAAAUUUGAUUGCCACAAUUCUCGAGGGAUAUUCCAUUGGCAGCAGACUGAAGACCAUUAAUGCUGCUGCUGCUGCUGCUGCAGAAGCAGCAGCAGCAGAAGCAGCAGAAGCAGCAGCAGCAGCCGAAAGCAACGCCGAGGGCAGCUGCGAAGAGACAGGCGACAGCAGCGCUGCUGCUCCCGCCCCCACCUCGCCCCCCGCAGCAGCAGCAGCAGCAGCAGCAGCAAGUCCAGCAGCAGCAGCAGCAAAAGAAGCGACGGAGCCCACAGCAACUCCAGCAGCAGCCGCAGCAGGAGCUGCCGCGGGCGCAGCGGCCCCGCCCUCGCCCCCCGGCGCCCCACCCCCAGCAGCAGCAGCAGCAGCAGCAGCAGCAGCAGCAGCAGCAGCAGCAGGGGAGGAGGAGCCGAGCAGCUUGCUGUUUCUGGUGUACUCCUACCGCGCAGCAACGCUGCAGUCGUUUGCUGCUUGUCUGCAGCAAAUAGUCCCGCUGCUGUCGCAGGAAAUGGAAGCACUUCUUGCUGCUUUUGACUCCAUUCGACUUUUCGCAGUGGGCCACUCUUUGGGGGGUUUGCUGUGGCGGCUGCUGCUGCUGCGCCGCCUGCAGCAGCUGCUGCUGCUUUCCGCGCCCCGCAGCUUGCUGCGCUCCCGCCGCAGCAGGGCCAAAGCAGCAGCCGCAGCAGCAGCAGCAGCAGCCGCCGCCGCGGAGCCCGGGGACCCCGCAGCAGCAGCAGCAGCAGCAGCAGCAGCAGCCCCCGCAGCAGCAGCAGGGGCGAAGGACUUCGAGCUGCUGCUGCGGUGUCUGCAGCACCCGCGGCUGCAGCUGCGGUGUCUGUGCACCUUAGCAGCACCCCACAUGGGGGCUUUUCGAACUUCGCUGCUGUACAGAUCUUUGCCUUCUACUGUUGCUGCUGCUGCUGUUUUUCCUGCUUCCGACUUCGCGCUGGAGCUGCUGCUGCAGAAGGACGGGGGCCUUCUUGCUGCACUAGCAGCAGAAGAAAAGGCCGGCCGCAGCCACCUCACGCUGCCCUACGACGUCCAGCAGCAGCAGCAGCAGCAGCAGCUGCAGCACCUCCACCAGCAGCAGCACCUCCUCCAGCAGCUGCACCAGCAGCAGCAGCAGCAGCAGCAGCAGCAGCAGCAGCAGCAGCAGCAGCAGCCCCCUCCGCAGGAGCACGACCAGCUGCUGCAGCAGCACCACCAUCACCACCAGCACCACAAGCACCACCACCACCAGCAGGAGGAGGAGCAGCAGCUGCUGCUGCAGCAGCAGCAGGAGCAGCAGGAGUUGCUGCAGCUGAACCGCUUCGAAAAGGUGCUGCUGUACGGAAUCUUAUCUACAGACUGGAUUGUAAGUGCGAACUCUGCUUUAGCAACAGCAGCAAAUCUGGAGGGGCUGGCGGAAGCAGCAGCAGCAACGCAGCAGCCGAUGCACCCCAUCUUCCUCAGCAGCAGCAGCAUCAACGCCGCGAGCCUGCUGCCGCCGCUGCAGCAGCAGCAGCAGCAGCAGCAGCGGUGGCGGCUGUCGCGGAGCAGCAGCAGCGGGGCGUGCACGGCCGUGAGCACCGUAAGCAGCAGCAACAGCAGCAACAGCAGCAGCAGCAGCAGCAGCGGGGGCUGGCGGCUGGGCCUGGGGCGCUGGCGGCGGCGCAGCAGCGUGGAGCUGCUGCUGGUGCAGCAGCAAGUGGAGGCCUUCAACCACAUCAAGAACUUGGAAAGGUUUUUGGUUUUUAUUAAUCAAAAUCCCCUUUUUCUGGCCCCCCAUGGCAUUCUUAAGGGGGCCCCUUGCGUAGUAACAGAAACAGAACAAAGAAAAAUGCGCAAAGAAGCUGCGCCCAUUCUGCAGCACAUCGCCAGACACAUGCUUGCUGCUCCCGCUGCUGCUGCUGCAGCGGCGGGCGCGCAGCAGCAGCAGCAGCAGCAGCGGCGGGGCCCGGGCGCGCUGCGGGCAGCUGGGACGCACGCGACGCCGCCGCCGGCUGCUGCUGCUGGGGCGGAGACGCUUCGUGUUGCUGCUGCUGCUGCUGCACCCGCCUGA